GGACACAUAAACUUAUCUAAUGUGAUAAAUUUCUGAUAAGAUAUGGAUACAGGACCUAAGCAGAGACGAAAAAGGAAUCCUAGAUGCGAUGCAAAUCUAUUCUCCAUACUAACUUUCGGAUGGACUUUGGAAACUUUCAGAUUGGGUUAUAGUAGAGAUAUUAAGGAGAAUGAUUUAUACGCUCCUUUGCCAGAACAUCAGUCAAAUGUAUUAGGAGAUGCAAUGCAAAAAAGUUGGAACCAAGAAGUUAGCUGCAUCAUUAAACGUAGCGACGGGUCCACGCCGCGAUUAUGGAGGGUUUUAUGUAAAGUUUUUGGAGCAGAAUUGUUACUGUAUGGAUUGAUACUAGCGGCUAUGGAAUUUUUAAUAAGGUUGCAGCAACCUUUAUUCUUGGGGCUUCUGCUAAAAUAUUACAGCCCCUCUCAAGACUUCUACAAUACCACAUCAACUUCGACGUAUCUCUCACGUCUGUAUUCGUAUUACGACAUCUCGACCGAUAUCAGUUGGGGGGAGGCGGUGUUCUUCUCUUUUGGCGUGGUAUUCUGCAGCAUGUUCAAUAUCAUGAUCCAGCAUCCCUUUAUGAUGGGAGCUAUGCAUAUUGGCAUGAAAAUAAGAGUCGGUAUUUGCAGUCUUAUUUACAGAAAGGCAUUGAAAGUCAGUCUUCAAUCGAUGUCUGAGAGCAGGGGAGGACUAAUCGUAAACCUAUUGGCGAAUGACGUCAAUAGAUUUGACACGGGCCCCCUUUUUGUACACUACCUUUGGAUUGGACCUCUGGAGACCAUAUUUAUGUCUGUCUACUUAUACCGUGAAAUGGGCAUGUCAGCUUUGUAUGGAGUUUGUGUUGUUUUCGCUGUAGUACCAUUCCAAGUAUUCUUGGGCACACGUACUGCUUACUAUAGGAGAAUGACAGCGGAAAAGUCGGACGAAAGAGUGAGGAAUAUGGAAGAAAUAGUGAUCGGGGUAGAAGUUAUUAAAAUGUAUACUUGGGAGAAGCCUUUCCGUAAACUGAUUGAUACGGUCAGAAGGCAAGAAAUACACUUCAUUAAGAUGACUUCAUACAUCAGGGGAAUCAUUCUGUCUUUUAUAAUGUUCACGUCUCGGUUCUCUAUCUUCAUAACUAUCAUAGUCUACGUCACCUACAUGAGCAAGAUUACGGUUGAAAACGUAUUUUUUCUCACAUGCUACUAUAAUAUUAUGAAACAGACAAUGACCCUGUAUUUCCCUCAGGCUGUGGGACAAGUUGCAGAAAUGUUAGUAGCGAUUGAAAGGAUUAACGAAUUUUUACUUAGUGAAGAAUGUCGUUUACCACUACGGGAACAAACAGGAGAAAUGAUUAAACGUGCGAAACAGAAGAAACGAGUUAGGAUUUCAUUUGAACCAACUAAACCUAUAAGAAAACCAAAACUAAAUGAUCCUUCAACAUCAAAUAAAAAUGGGUUAAAAGAUGUGAACAAGGAAGACAGUGUUAUAAGCUUUGAAGAAGCUUCUUGUAGAUGGCUCAAGACAUCCAGCUCCGAUGAUGUAUCGAACAUUAAUUUAAACAUCAAUUCUGCAACAUUGACGAUGAUAAUUGGCGCUGUGGGCUCCGGAAAAUCAACACUGUUACUGAUGAUGUUAAAUGAAUUGCCAUGUUCUUCGGGUUGUGUGUCAAUCAAGGGCAGUGUUAGUUACGCAAGUCAAAAUCCUUGGCUCUUCGUAGGGUCGGUACGUCAAAAUAUAUUGUUUGGUCAAGCAUUUGAUAAAUCUCGCUAUAUGGAGGUUUGUAAAGUAUGCGCUUUGGAGAGAGAUAUUUCUUUAUUUCCCCACGGUGAUAAGACUAUUAUUGGCGAGAGGGGAGUAUCUUUGAGUGGUGGUCAAAGAGCUAGAAUCAACUUAGCAAGAGCUAUUUACAAAGAGGCUGAUAUUUAUUUAUUGGAUGAUCCUCUGUCAGCAGUUGAUACACAAGUUGCAAGACACAUAUUUGAAAACUGCAUAAAAAGGCAUUUGCAAAAUAAAACGGUUAUACUAGUAACACAUCAGCUGCAAUUUGUAAAAAAUGUUGACAAUAUAGUCAUCAUGGAGUUCGGCAGUAUCUUGGCAGAAGGCGGAUUCGACGAUUUAAAUGAGCAAGGCUUAGCAAUCAUUCAACUGUUACAAGACAAAGUUCGUGAAGCUAGAGAGGACGACCCAAUGGUAGCCAAUCAAACGGCUGCCAGUUCCUUAAGUGUAAAGCGCUCUCAUUGGUCAUAUUGGUCUCUCAUGUUGGAAGAUACAAUCGACCAAAAACCCGAAACUGAAGUACAAGCAAUGGGAAGGGUUCAAGGCUCUGUCUACAAGAAUUAUUUUAUGGCAGAAACAUCUUGGCCAUACGUUUUCCUCGUGCUGUUCAUGUUUCUCCUUGCUCAGUUCUUUGCAAGUGCUUGCGACUAUUGGAUAAGUAAAUGGAGUAAUGCAGAAGAUCAUCUCACUGGAGAUACUACGAUGGACAACUUGUUAUGGGCACAGUAUGGUCUACGAAGAAAAGAUUUUGUGGUCAUAUUUGGUGUUUUAACAAUAGCAACGGUUAUUGUUGCAUUGAUUCGCGCAAUCAUGUUCUUUUCUUUAUGCAUGAAGUCUUCAAUAAAACUUCACGACGAAAUGUUCGAGUGUAUUUCCCUAUCACCAAUGAGUUUCUUUCACGCGAAUCCAUCAGGUAGAAUAUUAAACCGCUUCAGCAAGGAUAUGGGUGCCGUGGAUGAGCUUCUUCCCCAAGCGAUGCUGGAUUGCUUUCAGAUCAUUCUCAAUUUAUUGGGCGUUAUCUUCGUUAUCAUUAUAACAGAAACUGCGCUUCUCGUACCUAUCACUAGUGCCCUAAUUAUAUUUUACAUUUUUCGAUUAAUCUACGUGAGAACAACUGGAGCCAUUAAAAGACUUGAAGGCAUCACUCGCAGUCCAGUUUUUAACCAUGUGAAUGCCACAAUACUUGGCCUGCCAAUAAUUCGCUCGUUCGGCGCCGAAACACUUUUGGCGCAGGAGUUUGAUCGUCAUCAAGACCUGCACAGCGCCGCGUGGUAUCUCUUUAUCACGUGCAGCCGUGCUUUUGGUUAUUUCCUUGACGUCGUCUGUUUGCUGUUUAUCAUCUGCGUGACAUUUAGUUGUUUGAUGAAAUCUGAUAUAGAAGGCAGUAUUGUUGGCCUCAUAAUAACUCAGUCUAUCUCAUUAACCGGUAUAUUCCAAUGGGGAAUGCGACAGUCAGCUGAGAUGGAGAACCAAAUGACAAGCGUGGAACGAGUCCUGGAGUACACGAGGCUGCCUAAAGAAUCUUAUUUGAUGGGGUCACCUAAUGAGAAAGCCCCUGACAAUUGGCCGUCUGAAGGAGCAAUUAAAUUUUUCGAUUUAAGUGUAAGGUACACUGUGGAAGGGCCGUGUGUAUUACACAAUUUAAAUUUCGAUGUACUUCCUCAACAAAAGAUUGGUAUUGUGGGUCGCACCGGAGCUGGCAAAUCUUCAAUUAUACAAGCCCUGUUCCGACUGGCGUAUAUAGACGGAACAAUCACAAUCGACGAUGUUGAUAUAUCGGAUAUAAGAUUGGACGAACUUCGCCAAAAAAUAUCGAUAAUUCCACAGGAGCCCGUCUUAUUUAGUGGCACGUUAAGAAAAAAUUUAGAUCCUUUUGAUGAUUAUUCAGAUGCUGUGCUAUUAGAAGCUCUCAACAAUGUUGAACUUCUAUCUAAUGACGAUCCAGAUUCAUUAUACAGGCAAGUAUCUGACUGUGGAUCAAACUUCAGCGUGGGAGAACGCCAACUCGUGUGCUUGGCGCGGGCAAUUGUCAACAAUGACAAGAUAUUGUUACUGGACGAGGCCACCGCUAACGUAGAUGCCCAAACAGACGCCCUCAUUCAGACUGCCAUCAGACAACAUUUUAAAUCAUGUACAGUUCUGACUGUGGCACACCGGCUCAACACCGUGAUAGACUCUGAUAAGAUAUUAGUACUAGACGCCGGUCGACUGAUGGAAUUUGAUCAUCCGCACAUUCUGCUGCAAAACAAGAAGGGUUUCUUCCGAAAAAUGGUCACCGAUACUGGACCUGCUAUGACGCAGCUUCUGAUGAAGUUGGCUGCGGAGAAUUACAACGCACGAGAGUAAUCUAUAAAUGAAAGAUGUAUAUAGUUUAUAUAUUUUAAUAAUUUAAAAUUUAUCAUCAUAUUAUCAACAAUCUUAAUAUACUUUGUAUAUAAAUA